GGUGUCUUUCUUUACGAACAAACAACGCUUUAGAUCGCAUUCGUGAAUCUAACGUCUUCAUUGUUGGUCGAUCUGCUUUGCACUCGUGAUUUCUUUAAUUUUUGAUUCAUACAGUGAACUAAUCACGAAAAUCGAAAGAAACUUUAAAAAAUUCUGUAAAAAAUCCCUUGAUAUCGAAGAAAAUAAAAAUAAAAAUUCGUGUGAAAAAUCAACGAAAAAAAAAGAUAUGCAACUUUUAUGUGAAUGAAAAUUGUUAAUUUUUCAAAGAUGAAGCUAUACGUUAUGAUUAGUGUUAUUUUAUUGUGCCUGAUAUCGGUGUAUCGAGCAGACAGUUCGGUGGAUUUGGCAACGUGUGAACGUGAUGUUGGAAAUUGUGAAAAUUUUUCCUUUCGUCGAACACAGCAAAAUGUGUCAAGUGUGAAUACUAAUUCAUCCAAUCAAAAAAGUCUGAAAUCGGUUGCUCUAAAAGAUCUUGGUCUCGUCGAAAAGCAAAUUAUGCUUGAGCAAACAGAUAUUCAGGAAAAUGUUUUUCUAGAAAACAUCGCCAGCAAAAUGUCACGACUGACUCCUGCGUUCGAUCCGUCACGUAGCCACAAUACGUCGGCUGCAUGCAAAAUUCACACUCGACAGUUUCUCGAUGCACUGAGCCGCUUAGAAUUGUGGGCAUACAAAAUGCACGAUGCAUCUGCAAAAAUUCCAUCGGGCGUCUUAAGCGGGAAUAUCAAUCAGCUGGGCGAUUUUGACGAGUGCUUGAAUGUGAAGGCGCCGAACAACGAGUUUACCGGCAAAUAUUGCUUGACCUACGUCCAAAUGACCGUGCCCGACUAUUUGCCAAAGAUGGGAAAAAUUCGCAAACUGCUGCAUUCGCACGAUGCAUUUGUGAACGACUUUGAUGACCCUGGUCAUCGUGUACCACGUCUUUCAAUCAUACAAUAUGCGCUGUGUGUCCCUUCAACAUGCACAAACGUAGACGUCGAGAAUUCCGUGAAUGAAUACUUGAAAGAUUUUGUCAGCGGUACAGCGAUUGAAUACCAACUUCGCGUUGAGAAUAGAAUGUGUCAAGUGAAAAAAGACAACGUUUGGAGCCAAAACACUAAGCUCACCGUCAUUUUCUUUGCAUCCAUAGUAGCAAUAGCCGCGGUUUCGACUGUAAUCGACCUUUGCUUCACCAAACCAAACGAGCUAUUGGUGUCGUUUUCCCUGUGGAAGAAUUCUAAAGCACUUUUCAACUUGGAUCGAAAUCCAAGCGAUGUGACUACAAUUCACGGCAUUCGAUUUAUUAAUGCAGCACUUUUGUUGAUUUCACAUAAGUCCAUGGCAAAUUUUUACAAUCCGUACGUGAACCGAACGCAAAUGAUUGAGGAUAUUGGCGAAUAUUUAUCGGUAAUUGCAAGAGCAGCUGCCAUUUACACGGAUGCGUUUAUCAUGCUAAGCGGUUUAUUGACAUCAUACGCGAUCAUUGGCCGUUUGAAGAACAAUCAGUCACCUCGCAUUGGACAGGAGUACAUUAGCCGAUUUAUGCGCAUUGUUCCAACACUUGGCGCUCUCAUUCUAUUCUGCACAUUCAUUCUACCCGAACUUGGAGCCGGGCCACAAUGGAAUCUUGUGGUCAACCAACAUGCUGAUAUUUGCAAACAAAAUUGGUGGAGAAACUUCCUUUUUGUGCAUAAUUACUUUGGAUUCGAAAAAAUGUGCUUAACUCACACACAUCAUCUGGGUAUCGACACCCAACUUUUUGUACUUUCACCAAUUUUGAUCCUAAUUCUAUGGAAAUGGCCAAAAAUGGGAUCAAUCGGUUUACUUUCGUUGGCUGUAUUCAGUACUGGCGCUAGAUUUUAUGUAACCAUUGCACAUCAACUGUCGAAUUACGUUUACUUUGGCGCUUCCAUAAAGCAACUGUUUCGAACAGCUGAUUUGAUGUACAGUAUGCCCGUUCAUAGAGCGACCAUUUAUAUAUUUGGCAUCUUCACUGGAUAUGCAAUGCGAAUGUACAAACAUGUUCGUCUGACUAAAAGCCAAUUAUUUUACGGAUGGUCAAUCAGUAUCCUCAUGCUGUCGAUUGCAUUGAUUGGACCGGCAAAGAUGGGAAACAUAAACUACAAGUACAAUCCAUAUGAUGCGGCCAUUUAUGCUGCAUUCAGUCCGAUGUCAUGGUGCACAAUUUUUGCUUGGAUCAUCUACACAACACACAUCGGCCACUCAACGAUAAUCAGUAAUUUUCUCUCGUGCCGGCUGUUUUUGAUCACAACACGUCUUGCGUACGCCGUAUAUCUCACACAGUUUCCGAUAUUUUUCUACAACGUUGGAACAACUAGACACUCGGGACAUUACAAUUUCAUUACGUCAACGGGCAACAUAUAUGAAAUUGUUUUCAUAAUCGUGAUAUCUGCCGUUCUCACUCUGUUGUUCGACACACCAUUCCAGAAUAUUAAAAAAUAUAUGUUUCAGAAGACAGAGACUAAACCAAUGAUAAGGAAUAACAACCAUAAAGAACGCAUUGCAGGAAAUAAAGACGAUUAAGAUUUAAAUUAUAGAUUAAAAUAAGUUUAUUUAAAAUAUUAUAUUGAAUCCAAUUAGAUUAAGGAGAAGAAAAAAAAAUGUGCGCAAAGUUCAUUGCAAUCUUUGUCACAAAUUGCGCUGUUAAAAUUGAUACUUAAUAAGAUUUGGAUGUGAAACGAUGUUUUAGAAGUAAAUAAAGUUCCAUGAUAAACGUUAAUAGACAGCAUACUGCCAUUGCACUGGCAAGGUAACAGCCCAGGAAAAUUGUAGCUGAUCUGAAAAUAAAAAUGGAAAAAAUUUAAUUAAUACGUUUAUGAC